AUGAUCGCCCGGCUGAUACGCCUCGGUGCCGUGGCUGCGGCCCUCGUUGGCGCCGCUGUGCACGCGCGGCAGACACCGUUCCAGUUCAAAAGCGACGCGCCCGGCGUGUCGGUGCUGACGCACCCGUCGCUGCCGGCGUACACGCUGCGGCUGCAGCAGGUGCCCGAUGGCGUGUGCGAGCGCGGCGCACCGUCCUACUCGGGCUACCUGGACGUGGACCUGGACCAGCUGUUUGAGCACGAGCGCGAGAAGGGCCAUGCUGCGCAGGCAUCUGCCCCGCCGUCCGGUGUUGUCGAGCACUUCUACUUUUGGGCAUUCCAGUCCCGCACGCACCCCGACUCGGACCCGCUCACCCUGUGGCUCAAUGGCGGCCCGGGAUGCUCGUCCUUCACAGGCCUCCUGAUGGAGCUGGGGCCCUGCAAUGCGGCCAAGCCCCACGACGGCGUGAGCCGCACAGAGUGGAACCCGUACUCGUGGGUCACCAACUCGUCCAUGAUCUUCCUCGACCAGCCCGUGGGCGUGGGCUUUUCGUACGCGUCGUGGAAGAAUGCGUCGCGCGAGGGCGUGCCCCCCUCGCGCAUUUUCAAUGGCGCACAGGCCGCGCGCGACGUGAGUGCCUUCUUGCACCUGCUGGCCUCGCACCCCGACGGGCCGCUCGCGGGGCGCGCGCGGCCGGACGGCACGCGCGCGCUGCGCGAGUUCCACAUGGCCGGCGAGUCGUACGCGGGGCGCUACCUGCCGCUGAUUGCGAGCCGCGUCGUGGACGACAACGAGCACUAUGCUGGCCAUCCAGAGGAGGGCCUCGUCCCCCUGCCGCUGCGCUCCGUGCUGAUCGGCAAUGGUAUCACGUCGCCACGCCACCAGACGCGCGCCUACGUGGAGUACGCGUGCACCAACCAGACGGGGCACGGCCCCUUCCUCGACCGGUCGACGUGCGACAAGAUGUGGGAGAAGCUGCCUGUGUGUGAGGACUUGAUUGCCAAGUGCAACCGGCCCCGCGGCUCGGCGCCCUACAGCACGACGGCGUGCCAGACGGCCACGACCUUCUGCGAGGGCGCGCUCUCGGAGCCCUGGGAAAAGACCAACUCGUCGUUCUACGACUGGCAGCACGCGCCCGAGUACGACGAGAACGCCUAUGUGUCGGCCUUCCUCAACAGCGAGGAGACGCGCCGGCACCUGGGCAUCGACAAGUUCCUCAUUGGCGACCGCCACGAUGGCAAGUUUGUCGACUGCUCCGACCAGGUAUACAACGACUUUGCAUCCACAGGCGAUGGCAUGCGCGACAGCACCUGGGCCGUGCAGCACAUCCUCGAGCAUGGCGUGCGUGUGUUGAGCUACUCGGGCCGCCGCGACUUUAUCUGCAACUACAUCGGCAACGCCCACUGGACCGAAGAUCUCGAGUGGUCGGGCGAGCAGGGCUACCGCAAGGCGCCCCUCGAGAACUGGACCGUCGGCGGGCACAAGGCCGGCGAAUUCCGCCACUACGGCCACCUCACAUACGCCAUCGUCGAUGAGGCCGGUCACUUUGUGCCGCUCGACCAGCCGCGUCACUCGCUAGCCAUGUUCGAACGUUGGGUCCACCCCUCCGGCGUGCCGGGCCGCCUGGACGCGUAG